AUGUCGCUGGCACCUCAUCGCCGAAUUCUCGUGACGGGAGCUAACAAGGGCAUUGGCCUUGCCAUUGUCAGAAAGUUGCUGACAGAUGCCAGUGACACUUUCGUUUAUCUUGGAUCACGUGACAGAGCCCGUGGGGAAGAUGCUGUUCGGAGUUUGAUCGGCAGCCACCCCGAGUGGAGGGAGCGAGUGGAGCUCCUUCUGAUAGAUCCCACGAGCGAGCCGUCGGUCGCUGCGGCACGGCAUAGGUUUGAGGCUGGUAGAAUUGAGCUUUAUGGCAUCGUGAACAAUGCGGGCUGUUUCAUGAGUUUCUCGGAGAUGUUGAAGCUUCACCUCUAUGGCACCAAGAGGGUCAAUGAUGCCUUAGUGCCCCUCUUGACUCCCAUUGGAGGACGUAUUGUGAACAUCUCCUCUGGGGGGGCGCCGACGUGUGUGGCAAAGUGCCGCGACGACCGGAAGGCGCUGCUCAGCAGCUCCCAGCUUCUCUGGGAGCAGAUUGACGAGCUUGCGCAGGAGGUGGAGGCUAUCUUGCGAAGUUUGCCGGCGGAUGCGGACGACACGGCUGUGGCCCGGGCCACUGGAAUCUCUUGGGGUUUGGAUGGCUAUGGCUUCUCCAAGGCUCUGCUGAACUCCUAUACGUCGUGGCUGCAGCAGCAUCAUCCGAGCCUUAUCGUCAGCUGCUGCAACCCGGGCUUUAUUGAGACCGACCUCUCCCGGUCACACGCGGAGCAGAUGGGAAAGACGCCGGCAGAGUUGGGGAUGCUGGCUGUUGAGCAGGGCGCCGUAGUUCCCUGCAAGCUGGUUCUUGAGGACUUGGGCGAGAGGGGGCUCUACUACGGCAGCGACGGCAAAGCUUGUGGCUUGGCCCAGGUGGCGAAUGCGGUGGCGCACAAGCAGGCUGCCUAUGACAUGGAGCUGGCAAAGCACGCCACGCACGCGGCGCUGGAGAUGGAGAACACGCGGAGGUUGGUGGAAAGAUACAUCCUUGGCACCGACGUGCUCACCAUCAGCGAUGUGGAGCCAACUGCGGGUCAGGUCGAGGGCGGCGGCCCCCCGAACUACUCGGCCUACGCGUACCCGCUGGAUUCCGCGACCUGGCCCACGAACUAUCCUGUGCCAGAGCCGGCCACCCUGGACAAGGAGUACCUCCUUCCAGAGAAGGUCCCAGCCCGGGACACUCUCAUCAUAGCAGGAAACUUCAACUCUUCAGAGGCUCGGCCUGAGUUUCAAGCUCAGGUGGCUCGCCUCUCCGUCACUGGCAGCUGCCGGGGCCAAGAACAAAGCCGCUACUUCAUGACUCCGAGGCAGAUGCGCUUCUUGAGCCUUUCCAAAGAUUCCCGAGAGCCUGAAGCGGAGCUCCUAUGCGCGGAGAAGGAGGAUAUGUUGCGUCGGCAGGUAGCAGCCUAUCAGGCCUGGGAGGACUGGGAGGUUUUCAACAUGUUGGCCGCUGAUGGUACUCGCCGCUCCCGAGGAGGAAAAGGUGUGUCAUCGAGCUCGAGGUGGCAUCUCGCUCCGGUGAUGGUCAGACAGUCAAGAGACAGGUUUUUGAGGUUCCGCGGAGGGGCACUUGCAGUUACGAGUGCAUGCCUCCAUGCCAUGGAUGACAUCCCAGACUCCGAAGUGUCUACUGUGGUUUUGGGAUUGCUGCCUGCUAAUGAGGAGUUUGAGGCACUCGACCAUGGUGCCUUUAUGAGACACUAUGAGGCCUGCUGCGAAGGGCAGAUUCGUCCUCAGGAGGUUGUUCGUCGAUGGGGGCCGGACGUGCUGCAGAUCAUGGAGGCACAGUAUGCGGCGCAGCUGGAGGAGAAGGCCAUGGCAAACGAGCUCUAUGGUGAACCUGUGCAAGCACAGGAAUUGCGGGCUGGUGCUGGGAUUGUGCCAUUGCUUACUUCUGACGAUCCGGGAGUGGCUUCUGCUUCAGGGGUCCUGGGUGAGCCUCAUGGUGCCGGAGCUUCUACUGGAAUGAGCACUUCGGGCAUCCCUGCGGGUUUGUCGGUCACGGUGGACCAUCAAAGGGCUUAUGUGGACCACAAGCAUCAACAGGACAUGGAAUCGAAGGGGCAGUAUUGA